CUGAGUUUGGCGUUCACGUCUCUGCCUGUAGAGCUGGAGCUGACUAGAUCCUCUGUAAAAGCUGAUCCCCCCACCGCCCGCCCCCUUACUUUCUGGGAGGUGAUCAGUGACGAGCACGGCAUCGACCCCACAGGAACCUACCACGGAGACAGCGACCUGCAGCUGGACCGGAUCAGUGUGUACUACAACGAAGCCACCGGUGGGUCCACACUGAGCGCUUGUUUGGUGCAUCUGCUUGUCUGUGCAGGUGGGAAAUAUGUGCCACGAGCCAUCCUUGUUGACCUGGAGCCAGGCACCAUGGACUCAGUCCGCUCUGGACCCUUUGGGCAAAUCUUCAGGCCUGACAACUUCGUCUUUGGUCAGAGCGGAGCUGGGAACAACUGGGCCAAAGGUCACUACACGGAGGGGGCGGAGCUGGUGGAUUCGGUCCUGGACGUGGUGCGGAAGGAGGCCGAGAGCUGCGAGUGCCUGCAGGGUUUCCAGCUCACCCACUCGCUGGGAGGCGGCACCGGCUCGGGGAUGGGGACCCUUCUGAUCAGCAAGAUCCGCGAGGAGUACCCCGACCGCAUCAUGAACACCUUCAGCGUGGUGCCCUCCCCAAAGGUGUCGGACACGGUGGUGGAGCCCUACAACGCCACGCUCUCCGUCCACCAGCUGGUGGAAAACACGGACGAGACCUACUGCAUCGACAACGAGGCGCUGUAUGACAUCUGCUUCCGCACGCUCAAGCUGACCACGCCCACCUACGGCGACCUCAACCACCUGGUGUCGGCCACCAUGAGCGGCGUGACCACCUGCCUGCGCUUCCCCGGCCAGCUCAACGCCGACCUGAGGAAGCUGGCCGUCAACAUGGUGCCCUUCCCGCGCCUGCACUUUUUCAUGCCGGGCUUCGCGCCGCUGACCAGCCGGGGCAGCCAGCAGUACCGCGCCCUGACCGUGCCCGAGCUCACCCAGCAGGUGUUCGACGCCAAGAACAUGAUGGCGGCGUGCGACCCGCGCCACGGGCGCUACCUGACGGUGGCCGCCGUGUUCCGCGGCCGCAUGUCCAUGAAGGAGGUGGACGAGCAGAUGCUGAACGUGCAGAAUAAGAACAGCAGCUACUUCGUUGAAUGGAUCCCCAACAACGUGAAGACGGCGGUCUGCGACAUCCCGCCGCGCGGCCUCAAGAUGGCCGUCACCUUCAUCGGCAACAGCACGGCCAUCCAGGAGCUGUUCAAGCGCAUCUCCGAGCAGUUCACCGCCAUGUUCCGCCGCAAGGCCUUCCUGCACUGGUACACGGGCGAGGGCAUGGACGAGAUGGAGUUCACCGAGGCCGAGAGCAACAUGAACGACCUGGUGUCGGAGUACCAGCAGUACCAGGACGCCACGGCCGAGGAGGAGGGCGAGUUCGAGGAGGAGGCGGAGGAGGACGCCUAA